AUGAAGAGAUCUCUGGCAAGCAUUUUCUUUUCCAUUUUGAUGUUUUCAUCAAUCAUGGGGUUCUCAUUUGCAGCUGACAUGAUAAGCCUGGGACGAUCAAUUAGAGAUGGGGAGACAUUGGUUUCUUCAUCCCAAAGCUUUGAAUUAGGAUUCUUCUCUCCAGGAAACCCAAACUUCAAGUUCCUUGGGAUAUGGUACAAAAACAUUCCAGAGGAAGUUGUGUGGGUUGCAAAUAGGAACAGGUCAAUUGCUGGUGCACAUGGAGUUUUAACAAUCAAUAAUGAUGGGAACCUUGUACUCCUUGACGGAAUAAACAGCACAGUUUGGUCUUCAAAUGUCUCUAGAAAAGCAGAAGUUCCUGUGGCACAACUCCUAGAUUCUGGAAACUUUGUUUGUUGAGACAACAAAACCAUGCAACAUGAUGAAAGCUCGUGGCAGAGCUUUGAUUACCCAUCAGAUACACUGCUGCCAGACAUGAAGCUUGGAAACAACUUAAAAACUGGAAAAGAAUGGUUUUUAACAUCUUGGAGAAGUGCAGAUGAUCCGUCUCCCGGAAACUUUACUACCAGACGCAUUCAAGGCUUGCCUUCUUUAGUUAUUUACAUGGGAUCAGCAAAAGUGUUCCGUAGUGGACUAUGGGAUGGAUCUAACUUUGGUGGUACUCCAGUGUCUCCUAACUUGGCUCUUUUAGCAACUGGGCAUCGUGAGGAUGAGAUCUACUAUACGUAUCAGCCUUACAACAAUCCGAUUAUUACACGAUUACUUAUAAACCACUCAGGUUCCAUGCAGCGUGUUAUAUGGAAUGGGAGGCACACUGAAUGGGGGACUGUCUACUCAGCACCACAUGACCAAUGCGACCAAUAUGGCCUAUGUGGUGCAAAUGGUAUUUGCCGCAUCAACAACACACCAAUUUGUGAGUGCCUGAAAGGGUUCAGACCUGACUCAGAAGGACUGGAUGCAAGUAACCAUAAUUGGUUUAAAAGGUGUGUGAAAAGGCAGCCAUCAGAUUGCCAGAAAGGAGAAGGGUUUCUAAGGCUUGUUUGGGUGAAAUUGCCUGACUUGAUAGAUUUCAAGUUCAAUGAGAGUAUGAAUCUUAAAGAAUGUGAGGUGGAGUGCUUGCAAAACUGCACUUGUAGUGCUUAUGCAAGCGCAAACAUAGAUGAACAAGAGAAGGGCUGCCUGAUGUGGUAUGGUGACCUGAUUGAUAUGAAAGACCAAUCAGAACAAACCAGGGGACCGGAUAUCUAUGUGAGAGUACCAUCUUCAGAACUAGUUGCUGCUUCAAAUGACAAGAAACGUGUAAAGAUUAUCAUAGUAGUUUCAAUCAUUUCUGGAACGAUUUUGUUGGGCUUGGUGUUCUGCUUUGUCCCAAGGAAAAAAUGGAAAAAAGUUUCAGUAUCAGCCUAUACUUCAAAUGACAAGAAAAGAACAAAGAUCACCAUACUGCUUUCUGUCAUUCCUGGCAUGAUUAUCUUGGUUGCUCUGUUCUGCUACAUUACGAAGAAAAUAUGGAAAAGAGGCCAAGAAAGCUGCAACGAGAACGUAGAGGUGCCUUUGUUUGAUUUGGCUUCCAUUGCCACUGCUACCAAUAAUUUCUCUCAGGAAAAUUUAAUAGGAAUUGGGGGAUUUGGUCCUGUUUACAAGGGCAUCCUUCCGACAGGAAAAGAAAUUGCUGUAAAGAGGCUGUCAAAGAACUCAGGACAAGGUGCUGAAGAGUUUAGGAAUGAAGUAGAUUUAAUUGCCAAACUUCAGCACAGAAAUCUGGUCGGGCUCUAUGGCAGCUGCAUACAGGGAGAAGAAAGGCUUUUAAUCUAUGAAUAUAUGCCCAACAAAAGCUUGGAUUAUUUUAUCUUCGAUCAUGAGAGGAGAGUAUUAUUGGCAUGGCAGAAGCGCUUUGACAUUAUCAUGCAGAUUGUGAGAGGACUUCUGUAUCUACACCAAGACUCUAAGCUCCAAAUUAUUCACAGAGAUCUCAAAGCUAGCAAUAUCUUGCUAGAUAGUGAUAUGAACCCUAAAAUUUCAGACUUUGGCUUGGCAAGAACUUUUGAAGGGGAUGACAAAGUAUCAGAAACUAACAGAGUUAUUGGAACAAUUGAAUAUAUGUCUCCAGAGUAUGCAGUUAAUGGUAAAUUUUCAGCCAAGUCGGAUGUUUUCAGCUUUGGUGUACUUCUUUUAGAGAUAAUAAGUGGCCAGAAGAAUAGAAGUUUCCAUCAUCCUGAUCACCACCAUAGCCUAGCUGGCCAUGCAUGGUUGCUGUGGAACGAAGGCAGGGCCAUGGAGCUGGUAGAUGUGUGUUUGGAUGAUUCUUUUGUUGAAUCUCAAGUUCUUAGAUGUAUUCAAGUGGGAUUAUUGUGUGUUCAAAAUUUGCCCAAAGACAGGCCAACGAUGUCAUCUGUAAAUUUUAUGUUGGCAAAUGAAGAAACAAUGUUGCCUCAUCCUAAAGAGCCAGGAUUCUUUACAGAUACAAGUUUCAAAGCAAACACAUCAGCAAGAAAGGAAGAAUUGCAUACUGUGAAUGUAGUGACCAUUACGAUGGUGAGAGGAAGAUAGAAAUUUCUAAGAAGUUUGCUUUCAAUUUUCCUCCCUUUGUUUAGGCUAUGUUGCAGCUUUGUACCUACCUCCAU